CUCUCAAACGGAUUUCCUUUUACUUAUGCCAAACUUGCUUUUAAACGUUUGGAAGGAACUCCUGUCUGCACUUUAGCAGUGAAAGCAUCGACGUCAUCUAUCCACCAGUAGUGACAGCCAUGUAUAACCUAGUAAAACUCGUACUUGGACUGCAAAUGGUAAGCCAGGGACUUCUGUCAGGUGUAGAACUUGGAGAUCAAUAUUUCAACAACUGCACAUCUGAGCCCAAAUGUAGAUGCUUUGUCCUAACUCAUGACCCCAAUGGCCGUGAAAUCGGUGCUGACUGUUCUAAAAAUGAUCUGAGAGGCACGCCAGUUUUUUCACCGGAUGUUACGUGGAUUAGUCUCUCCCAUAACUUAAUCAGUAGCUUUCCUAAAACAGCAGAAAUAGGCUAUUACGUUACAUUUCUUGACUUAUCUAAUAACAAUCUUAGAUCAUUCAGGAAAGAUACCUUACACAAACUAGCACGUUUGAUGGUUUUGGAUCUUAAGAAUAACAAAUUACAUUACAAUGCUUCAAUUUUCGUACCUGGAUUAUUUGAAUCACUGACAAACUUGCAAUAUUUGAAUUUGAAACAAAACGCCCAAAAAGAGGAUACUCAAUAUCCGCGAUCUAUAGGAGGAAUUAAAUCUUUGAAAUAUCUUCAGCUUGAUGGAAUAGAUGGCGCAGAUUUCCCGGGAGAAUAUCAGAACAUGUCAAACCUAAAAACCUUGGAUCUCUCCAGCCUAACGGGGAACUGUAAGAUAAAGUCUCUGACCCGGGGUAUGUUUGCGAAUGUAGCGGUAAUACAGUAUCUCAAUAUGUCGUUUUGUAAACUCACUCGUAUAGACACAGGCGCCAUUUCUGUACUACAUCGCCUGAUGUAUCUUAACAUAUCACACAACGUCUAUUUAUCAUUCUCCGUAUUAUCAAACCUCACAUCGGAUUUACGGUUCACAGACAUCCGUACUUUGGACAUUUCCAAGAUACAUUGUACAUAUGGCGUGGGGACCUACCUUUUAGUGGAGGAUAUGAAAUACCUCAACGAUACCAAACUGGAGAAGUUGUACAUCAACAGCAACAGAAUAAGCAUGCUGCAGUCCGAUACCUUUAACUAUCUCCCACCCACCGUAUGGUACAUAUCAACCAGGGACAACCUGUUCACCAUGGGCAUUUACGUUCUUCAGAUAAGCGUUUUAAAUCAUCUCCGUGAACUUGAUGUAUCCGACUCCUUUACUACACAUAAUCCAGAUGAAGAUACAAAUCGUUUUCACAGCUGUCAGGAUUGGAGAGGACCCCAGAAACACGGAACAUUUCUCGAAAACGACGCUAGGCUGACGAACAUGGUUACCUUAAAACGUUUGGGUAAUGCCGGAAAGGGGUUGACCUUCAUUGUCAACUUACCAAGAAGUCUUGAAACAGUUUCUAUGAAAGCAUGUCAUUAUCAGUACGUUAUUUCCAGGCUUCAUUUCGCGGAGAACAACUUGACUCAUAUUUUUGCUCAAAACAAUAUCUUUGUUGAAUGGAGAGGUCCCAUCAUCAAUUUAACCAAAUUGGAAUACGUGGAUCUGUCGAAUAACUUCUGCUCGUAUGUAGCUAACGAUUUCUUCCGAUAUGUUCCUUCUCUUAAAACACUGAUCCUUCACACAAAUCUCCUAGGCUUCAUGAUCAAUCGCGACAGAAAAGGCGAAACGUUUCAAAACAACACCCGAAUAACUAAGUUGGACAUUUCUUUGAACAGAAUUGAUAGUUUGCCUCGAAAAAUAUUUCAUACUUUAUCUAGUAUGCAAGAUUUGAAUGUGAGUUUCAACUUGAUGAAUUCGUUGCAAGCCGACAUUGGUCACAUGAUGAAUCUGACGUAUCUGGAUUUGUCUCAUAACCAGCUAUCAGAACUGACCAAUCAGAACAGACGAGACAUCGAUAUGAUUACCAAGACAGGAAAUCUCACGAUAGACCUGAGUAAUAACAGACUCGUUUGUUCUUGCCUUACUCUUCCAUCCAUUCGCUGGAUUAACUUAAAUCAGAGGGUUUUUAAAAGAUUUGAAACAUACAGUUGUAGCCUAGAUAAUGAGACCAGAGUCUUGUUUUCAGACCUAGAUACGACACUUCGGCAGCUGGAGAAAGAUUGCACAAGCUACAUUGGACUGAUCGGCGGAGUCCUCUCCGCUAUCGUAUUCUGUAUAGCAAUUUUGGUGUUUGGACUUGUGUUCAGAUACAGAUGGAAGCUCCGCUAUCUUUACUACAUCACCAAGAACAGGUACAGAGGUUACGCCAGAGUCAGAGAUGACCAAAAUCACGAGUUCCAGUUUGACGCCUUCAUUUCAUACGCUGAAGAGGAAUCUGGAUUCAUCAAGAAUGAUUUAAUUACAAAUCUAGAGGAGAAUCGUCACUUCCGACUAUGUGUACAUGGACGAGACUUCAUUCCUGGUAUGGACAUAGCUGCUAAUAUCACAAACGCCAUACAUUCUAGCCGUAAAACUGUGGUGAUAAUGAGUGAAAACUUCAUCGGGUCCUACUGGUGUAUGUAUGAGCUGAACAUGGCGCGAAUGGAGAGUAUUUACUCCCGAGAAGGGGCCACUGUGCUGUUCCUUGUUAUGUAUAACCCUGUACCCGCCGCUGUCAUUCCUUUACACGUGAUGGACAUCAUCCGAUCCAAGUCAUACAUAGAGUACCCGCAUGAUCCUCAAGGCAAUGUCAUAUUCUGGGAAAAAAUAGCAGAAAGUAUUGAAAUGUAAUGGGUAGAAGAAUGUUCAAACUAUAAAGAAACGCCAGGACGUCCAUAUGUCGCGUUUUAGCAGAAUGAAUCAUAAUGAUUGAGAACUUCUAUGUACGUCAAGUACCUUAUAACCAUCCUCGAUAUCCAGGGGUAACGCUCACUUUCGCUCUCUGCACCCAUGGAAUAUGUUCAUCAAAAGAAUC